AUGAAGCUCGGCAUACUUGACGUAUUCUUGAGUGUAAUCGCAAAAGCAUUAACACUCCAGGUUAAAAUAAGAGGAAAAACAGGCAACAGCGGUACUCCAAAAGAAAUUACAACAGUUACUUUAGCUACAUCUAUCCAACCAAGAGACAUAUUGGGCGUAAGAUGGUGGCUGAGAGGAUCUGUAAAUAAAAAGUUGUCGGAGGUUAUCAUAAAUCUAAUCAAGGACAUGGCGGGAGGAAAAAUGUCAGAGUGUUGGGCUAAUAUAACCAAAGGAGCAAUUGCUGAAAACAUACUUCACUUAACUUAUCUCUCCGAAGAACAAAGAAUACCGUCCUCUUGUUUGCGAACACCAACAUUAUGGCUGGCUUUGGCGUCGCUAUGUGUUUUGGAUGAAGAUCAUGUAGAACGCUUAACCUCUGGUGCCACAGAAGCCUUUUUUAAUCAUUUACUCCAUAAAUUGUACAUGUGA